AGCUGUUUCCGUGGUGCUCAGCUUGGAUAGCUAGCGAAGUAGCUACACCGUAACUCUUACUAUGUAGAGCACCUAGAGCCACCAGCCUAAGCCCUAGACACACCCUCACCAUAACCCCAACAUCAUGAAUUUCUCCAGGGUCCCAAGGAUGGUUGUAUACUUCAGCCAGGAACCGGGACUCCGAUUGGCGGUGGUGGCGGUGGUGGCGGUGGGUACGCCAUUUAAUUUCCCUCGGAGGGCCUGUCCCGAUCUAUAGAACCACCUCAAACAUCCGUUUCUUCUCGCAACCCACCACAGAUAACCCCGGGGGAGGGAAAAAUUCAGACAAGACAAGACCAAGAUGCUUCACGCACGCCUUCGCCCUGUUCCUCGUCGUCAUCUCCUCCCCCUCUCCUCUUCCCCCUCCGCCCCGCGGCCCGAUUUUGUCGACCCUGACGAGGAAGCCGACUCGGAUGAAGAUUCCGAAGACCUCUUCGCCGCAUUCCUUCCGCACCUUUUUCCCGAUGACGCCCCCUCUUUCCACGGCGACCCUGGCCAGCAUCUCCUGUACUCGUCUCCGCGCUAUGGCGAUCUCGAGAUCAUGGUUCCCUCGUACCCGGCCCAGAGCCGCUCCUCCGAUCACCCGGUGAACCAGGUCGAAGAGGGACGGAAGCUCUUCGCCCAUUUUCUCUGGAGUGCGGGCAUGGUCGUUGCAGAGGGGGUGGAGAAGGCAGAUGAAUUGGAAUCGCGCGGCCAAUUGAGUAAAACGGAUGAGGUUGCCAUGUGGAGCGUGAGAGGAGAGAAGGUAUUGGAAUUAGGCGCUGGUGCCGCUUUACCAUCCGUCAUUUGUGCACUUGCCAAAGCAUCUACCGUCACUGCCACCGACCAUCCCUCUUCCCCGGCCCUGUCUGGAGCAAUCGGGUUCAACAUGACGCACAAUCUGCGGACCCCCAAGACCCCAACCUCUACGAAUGUGACCAUCCAGCCGCAUGAAUGGGGUACUUUGGAGGCCGACCCCUGGGCGGUCCAAAACAAGGGCUGCUUUACCCGCAUCAUCGCGGCAGACUGUUACUGGAUGCGCUCGCAGCAUGAGAACCUCGUGCGUACGAUGCGCUGGUUCCUGGCCUCUGGAGGACGAGUUUGGGUUGUGGCCUCGUUUCAUACCGGACGGGCGAUCGUGGCGGGCUUCUUCGAGACGGCAUUGCAGCUGGGACUGGAGAUUGAGCGGAUCUACGAGCGGGAUUUGAGCUCGGCCCAGGACGACGGAAGCGAGGUGCGUCGCGAAUGGAUGCCUGAGCGGGAGGGCGAGGGACCGGAGAAUAGGAAACGGUGGUGUGUAGUUGCGCUUUUGAAGAGACAUGGAGAGGAGGCCGUCAAGGAAGAUACUCUGGUGUCUGUUCACGAGGUGUGGUGAUUCACAUUGCAUACUUGCAUACAUUACAAACAUAGCAUACAUAGAUAGCGAGACAGUUAUAGACUUAACCACCAUACUACUUGUACUAUAAGGAAUAGUAUCUUUGAACCUGA